UACUUUUCUCUUAUAGCGUGUUACAUUGUGUUUUGAUUACUCUCUUCUUCCUUUAUUGCUCUCUCAGUUCACACAUUUUCACAACAUUAAUUUCCAAGAACGUUACAUCUGUUGCAGAAUAUUAAUUUUGUUGAAAAGAAGUAUGAGCUGCUUUAGUUGUUGUGAGGAGGAUGAAAUGCACAGAGCUGCUGAUAAUGGGCCAUUCAUGUCACACAAUUCAGCUGGCAACAAUGGAGGUCAGCGUGCCACAGAAAGUGCACAAAAAGAGAUGCAGACUGUGAACAUCCAGCCCAUUGCUGUUCCUUCCAUUGCUGUUGAUGAGUUGAAGGACAUCACCGAUAACUUUGGUACGAAAUCUUUGAUAGGUGAGGGAUCAUAUGGAAGGGUAUACCAUGGUGUCUUGAAAAGCGGCAGGGCUGCAGCCAUUAAAAAGUUAGACUCGAGUAAGCAGCCUGAUCGAGAAUUUUUAGCUCAGGUCUCAAUGGUCUCAAGACUAAAAGAUGAAAAUGUGGUUGAAUUGCUCGGUUAUUGUGUGGAUGGCGGUCUUCGUGUGCUAGCCUAUGAGUAUGCCCCAAAUGGAUCUCUUCAUGACAUUCUUCACGGAAGAAAAGGUGUGAAGGGUGCGCAGCCAGGUCCAGUAUUGUCAUGGGCUCAACGAGUUAAAAUUGCAGUUGGGGCUGCAAGAGGACUGGAGUACUUGCAUGAAAAAGCGCAGCCUCAUAUCAUUCAUCGUGAUAUUAAAUCUAGCAACAUUUUGCUCUUUGAUGAUGAUGUCGCUAAGAUAGCGGAUUUUGAUUUAUCAAAUCAAGCCCCUGAUAUGGCAGCUCGUCUUCAUUCCACACGUGUUCUAGGAACCUUUGGUUAUCAUGCACCGGAAUAUGCAAUGACUGGUCAGUUGAGUUCAAAGAGUGAUGUUUACAGCUUUGGUGUUGUGCUACUGGAACUACUUACUGGCCGUAAACCUGUAGAUCAUACAUUGCCACGUGGGCAACAGAGUCUUGUAACUUGGGCAACGCCAAGACUUAGUGAAGAUAAAGUGAAGCAGUGUGUUGAUGCUAGGCUAAAUACAGAAUACCCACCCAAGGCAGUCGCAAAGAUGGCUGCAGUUGCUGCCUUGUGCGUGCAAUAUGAAGCUGAUUUCCGCCCAAAUAUGAGCAUUGUAGUAAAGGCUCUUCAGCCUCUGUUGCCUCGACCUGUACCAAGUUGAACAUCAAGCUUGUGAAUUUUCUCCAUUCUCCAGCCUUUACAUCAUGAUCACAAUAUUAGUGGUCGCCUAGGAAACUACUGCACAUUAGUGUCAUCCCCCCCCCCCCCCCUCCUUGUUCUGUUGAUUGUAUGCCAAAGAACUAUUGUAUAUUUGCAGUAAUGAAAAAUGGCUUUGCAUAUUGAUUUUCAUGGGUUCUGUUGAGGUGUAUCAAACCACCAGUUAUAGGAGACAAUCACUGGAAAAGGAAAGCUAUAAACUGCAGAUUGUAUUUUAGCACUGAUUUCAUAUGUAUUACAGUUUGUCCUUAUGGUGCCA